AUGGCCUCACAGCUGCAGGUGUUUUCACCUCCAUCAGUAUCUUCGAGUGCCUUUUGCAGUGCCAAGAAACUGAAAGUGGAGCCCUCUAGCUGGGAUGCUUCAGGACAGAGUAACAGUGACGAGUAUUACAGUCACAGCAAAAAUCUCUCUGGUGCUCAAGGGCCAGCAAGCUCUUCUCACCAGGUAGCAAACUUCAGUAUCCCUGCUUAUGAUCAGAACCUCCUUCUCCCUGCUCCUUCAGUUGAGCACAUUGUGGUUACAGCAGCAGACAGUACAGGCAGUGGCGGAACAACAUCCUUUCAAAACAGCCAAGCCCUAACACACAGGGCUAACAUUGCUUUACUGGAACCAUAUCAAAAAUGUGGCUUAAAAAGGAAAAGUGAAGAAGUUGACAGCAACGGUAGCGUGCAAAUAAUUGAGGAACAUCCACCUCUCAUGCUGCAAAACAGACCUGCGGUGGGUGCUGCGGCCACUACCACCACUGUAACAACCAAAAGCAGUAGUUCCAGUGGCGAAGGUGAUUACCAGCUAGUCCAGCAUGAAAUUCUUUGUUCUAUGACAAAUAGCUAUGAAGUCUUGGAGUUCUUGGGCCGAGGAACUUUUGGACAGGUGGCAAAAUGCUGGAAGCGCAGCACAAAGGAAAUUGUUGCUAUCAAAAUUUUGAAAAAUCAUCCUUCUUAUGCCAGGCAAGGUCAAAUUGAAGUAAGCAUCCUCUCUCGACUGAGUAGUGAGAAUGCUGAUGAAUAUAACUUUGUCCGUUCAUAUGAGUGUUUUCAACACAAAAACCACACAUGCCUGGUGUUUGAGAUGCUGGAGCAAAAUUUGUAUGACUUCUUAAAACAAAAUAAGUUUAGCCCUCUGCCUCUGAAAUACAUUCGACCAAUAUUGCAACAAGUGGCCACUGCUUUGAUGAAACUGAAAAGCUUAGGUCUAAUACAUGCUGACCUAAAGCCUGAAAAUAUCAUGUUGGUGGAUCCUGUGCGCCAGCCAUAUAGGGUCAAGGUCAUAGACUUUGGCUCUGCUAGUCAUGUCUCAAAGGCUGUGUGCUCCACUUAUUUGCAGUCACGAUAUUAUAGAGCUCCUGAAAUCAUCUUGGGUUUGCCAUUUUGUGAAGCUAUUGAUAUGUGGUCACUGGGAUGUGUGAUAGCUGAGUUGUUUCUUGGGUGGCCUUUGUAUCCAGGAGCUUCAGAAUAUGAUCAAAUUCGUUACAUUUCACAAACACAAGGACUACCAGCAGAGUAUCUUUUGAGUGCGGGAACGAAAACAAGCAGGUUUUUUAACAGAGAUCCAAACUUGGGAUACCCUUUGUGGAGACUAAAGACUCCAGAAGAACAUGAGUUGGAGACAGGAAUAAAAUCAAAGGAAGCUCGGAAAUAUAUUUUUAAUUGUUUGGACGAUAUGGCACAAGUAAAUAUGUCUACAGAUUUGGAGGGAACAGAUAUGUUGGCAGAGAAGGCUGACCGAAGAGAAUAUAUAGAUUUGUUGAAGAAAAUGUUGACAAUUGAUGCAGAUAAGAGAAUUACUCCGCUGAAGACUUUGAACCAUCCAUUUGUGACAAUGAAUCAUCUACUGGAUUUUCCACAUAGCAACCAUGUGAAAUCCUGUUUUCAGAACAUGGAAAUUUGUAAACGAAGAGUUAAUAUGUAUGACACUGUUAAUCAAAUAAAAAGCCCAUUCACGACACAUGUUGCACCAAAUACAAGCACAAACCUCACCAUGAGUUUCAACAACCAGCUGAGUACUGUGCAUCAUCAGGCUAGUGUUUUGGCUUCCAAUUCUACAGCAGCAGCUACUCUUUCUCUAGCAAAUUCAGAUGUUUCGCUGUUGAAUUAUCAGUCUGCUCUCUAUCCAUCCUCUGCAGCACCAGUUGCUGGUGUGGCCCAACAGAGUGUUUCCUUACAGCCUGGAACAACCCAAAUUUGCACUCAAACAGACCCAUUUCAACAAACAUUCAUUGUAUGUCCUCCUGCCUUUCCAACUGGUCUUCAGGCAACCACAAAGCAUUCUGGGUUCCCUGUAAGGAUGGACAAUGCUGUUCCAAUUGUGCCACAAGCGCCAGCAGCUCAGCCACUGCAGAUCCAGUCCGGAGUUCUCACACAGGGAAGCUGUACACCACUAAUGGUAGCAACUCUUCAUCCUCAAGUAGCCACCAUCACGCCGCAGUAUGCGGUACCCUUUACUCUGAACUGCGCAGCCGGCCGGCCAGCGCUAGUAGAACAGACGGCUGCAGUACUGCAGGCCUGGCCUGGAGGGACCCAACAGAUACUUUUGCCUUCUACCUGGCAACAACUUCCAGGGGUUGCAUUGCACAAUUCUGUCCAGCCUACAGCUGUGAUUCCUGAAUCAAUUGGAAGUAACCAGCAGUUGGCUGAUUGGAGAAGUGCUCAUUCACAUGGAAAUCAGUAUAGUACUAUCAUGCAGCAGCCAUCUUUAUUGACCAAUCAUGUGACUCUGGCUACAACCCAACCUUUGAAUGUUGGAGUGGCUCAUGUUGUAAGACAGCAGCAAAGUAACGUGGUACCAGCAAAGAAGAACAAACACCCAUCUCACAGUGCCACAAAGCCUGCAUCUACUUUGGAGGCUAUUCCAUCUCAAGUCUACUCUCUAAUUGGAAACAGUCCUCUGCGUGCAACAUCUUCCUCCUCCAACGCUCUCCUUCCAGUGCAAGAGCAGCAUCAGCCCAUUGUUAUUCCAGAUACCCCCAGUCCUCCUGUUAGUGUAAUCACCAUCCGAAGUGACACUGAUGAAGAGGAAGACAACAAAUACAAACCUGGAAGCUUGGGCAUGAAGCAGAGAUCCAAUGUCAUCAGCUACGUUACUGUUAAUGAUUCCCCUGAUUCAGAUUCUUCCCUGAAUAGCCCUUAUGCAUCAGAUGUACUUUCCACACUCAGGAGCUCUGGUGGUGCGCUGGAGCCAAGUAGAGGGGCGGCUGAAAGCUCCACCUCCCGUACCAUUAUUGUGCCUCUGAAAACACAGCUUAGUGACUGUACUGUAGCCACCCAGGCCUCAGGAGUCUUUAGCCUGAGUAAGAUCAAGCCAAUGGCAUCUGUAAGUGGGCAAACAUCAGGAUGUUGUAUCACACCAACUGGAUAUCGGCAACAUCGAGUAGUGACAAAUGGUGUACAACCGCUCAACCUUAGCCAGAACCAGCAAGCAACUGUAUUGGCCUCUCAAGAGAGAAGUGGAAAUCCAGCUCCCCGCAGGCAGCAGGCCUAUGUUGCUCCUCUGCCAACAACAAUUGCUCAGGCUCCGUAUACAUUCCAGCAUAGCAGCCCAGUCCACCCUCACUUGGCAGCAGCCACGGCAAGCCAGCCUCACAUGUACACCUAUGCGCCUACUACUGCUGCCACCUUGGGCUCCACCAAUUCAAUUGCUCAUCUCUUUUCCCCUCAGGGCUCCUCCAGGCAUACCGCAUAUACAACCCAUCCAAGCACUCUUGUGCACCAGGUCCCAGUCAGUGUGGGACCCAGCUUGUUAACCUCUGCCAACGUAGCACCUGCUCAGUAUCAACAUCAGUUUGCUGCCCAGUCCUACAUUGGUGCUUCCAGAGGAUCUGCAAUUUACACUGGAUACCCACUAAGUCCUACCAAGAUUAAUCAGUAUUCUUACUUGUAAUUUGGGGGCAGAAACUGUCUUGAAGUCAUGAACGAUCAUAGAGGUGAAGGGAUCUGCAGUAGGUUUUGCAGUAUUCUAACAGUUCCACAACAGGAACCUCUGUGGAAUCCAAGGAAAAUAAUGGGGAAAUCAACCCCUUGUUGAUAAUUCUGCUUAUGCUCUCCAGAAUCAGGUGGUACUGUUGGUGGAGCCCUGCUGUUCAGGGGAAACAUAGGUGAUGACUGGGUAGAAUCUUUUGAAUCAAUUCUCAUU